UAAUAACAAACACCGACGUAUCUGACAGCAGCCUUCAAAAACACACCAGCUUCAGACUGUUUGAUUAAACAAAGUCACCUGUAAAUACCUCGCAAUGGGUCGUUUGUGCCGCUGUCACUGACAGUAGCGAGUUCCCAACCUGCCUGUCUAAAAAGGCUUCAGCAUGCUGCGAGAGAGCUCCAAGGCGUGGAGCAAUGGCUCGGAGGCCUACAGCAGCGACCCUGAGGAGGACGAGGAGGAGGAAGAGGACAUGGUGUUUGGGGAGACAGAUCAGGACGGCGUGGCGGAGGAAAUGAUGGAUCUGAGCGACCUCCCCACGGCCCUCUUUGCAUGCAGCGUCCAUGAAGCCGUGUUUGAAGAGGACGUACACAGGGAGAGGUUCGAGGCGUUGUUUAGGAUCUACGAUGAACAGACAACUUUCCAGAUGUUCAAAAGCUUCCGGAGAGUCCGGAUCAACUUCAGCACCCCAGAGGUCGCCGCCCGAGCUCGCAUUGAGCUGCACGAGUCCGAGUUCAACGGCAAGAAGCUCAAACUCUACUUUGCUCAAAUCCAGAAUGGCGACGAGGACAUUGACAAGUCGUACCUGGCCCCUCCCCAGCCCGUCAAACAGUUUCUGAUCUCGCCGCCUGCCUCGCCACCCGUGGGCUGGAGCCAGAGCGAAGACGCCACGCCUGUCAUCAACUACGACCUGCUGUGUGCAGUAGCCAAGCUAGGACCUGGCGAAAAGUACGAGCUCCACGCGGGGACAGAGUCCACCCCCAGCGUGGUCGUCCACGUGUGUGAGAGCGAGACUGAGGAGGACGAGGCGGCGCGGCCAAAGCAGCAGAUCGUCCAGACCAGACGUCCCGAGGGACCCCCCAAAGUCUUCAACUAGAGAGGCCUCCCCCCUGACACCGGCGCGGACCCCGACCGCCCCUUAAAACCCGCAACACACCUGCCCUCUCUCUCUCGUCUCUGCACUCACAGAGAGCGUCGAUGCCCCUCAUUUCAGUUCAACUACAAGCAAAAACAAACCAACAAACAUUGCUCAAAGACGGUGUUUGUGGGGAGCGUGGCGAUGGAAUGAGGCGGCUUGAAGGGGAUGGAUGAGAAUCACACACACACUCAUCACAUUCUGCGGACAGCGUGGGGAGCGGCGGGCAUGCUUUGCCUCCAACCCCACCCACCCCCCC